AUUCCGCAGCACAGCGCGCAAGGGACAAACAGCAGUACUGCUAGCGCGAACACGAGCCCGAACGCCACGAGUAACAACAAUCACGCCAAUAACACCUCCAACAAACGACGACGAAGCACGGUAAAGCACGAAGGUGAUGAUGUGCCCGAACCAACUGGCAACGCCAAAGUCAAGCCGAGUCCGCGCAUGAGCAAGAAGCAAAGACCCUGAUCUGGAUGCUUGACUUGUGUCAGUCACCUCGAAAAACAGCUUCGUGAACAAUCAGAUUGGAGAGCCAAGGCCUCUACAUCUAGCGCUUGUGACAGUGCAUUUGAGCCCGCGAGGCGACACGUCCGCUAUAAUCUUGCACCUCCAUUCGGCUGGGUGCGUGCGGAAUGCAUCAUCUGUUUGGCUCACGGUAUGCCUUCCAGCCGACCUGUGCGGGCAUUCCUAUGGCCCAGAUGCGGAGCACGCCACUACCACAGACCAGAAGGUCUGGCCAAGGAGAAGCACCAGUCCGCUCAUAUCGGGGUGUUUCUCCUGGUCUCCACACGUGGCCAGGGAAGAGACGUGUCAUGGUUGUGACCUCCAUACGAAAACACCGCUUUCAACCCUCGCUGGCGCCAUUGCUGUGCCACUCUGGCAACAUGAAAUCCACGCGGGCUUAUCCCUGUCGGAGAACUAUGGCAGAAAGACGAAGAUCAGCAAGACCGGCAAUGACAUCCUCUGCCGUAUCACAUCUUCAAUAUACCUCCAUCAACAGGCCUGAUCUGCUGUUGUCAAUCCCGAUCCAUCUCAUUACAUGCGCGUUUCUCUUCUUAUACACUGCGGCCGCCGGUAUUGGAUCAAGUGGCUUCUCGCCGAUUUUUACUCUACUGCUCUGCUUUGCUUGUUUUUCCGCAACAAAUACGGCCGGGUGAUUUGGUAGUUUUUUUCCUUUUGGAAUAUUUGCGCUUUGCUAUCUCUUGAAUUUCCUUCACAAAAAGGGGCUAUUUCGUCGAAUCGC